AUGCUAAUUAGAAUAUUAUUAAUAUUUAAUUUUGUUUCGAUCAGCCACUCGACUUAUGGCUAUGGAGCAAAUUAUUGGCCAAAAACUCAAGUAUAUCCCCUGGCAAAAGCAAACAAUCAACCAGACGAUUAUUGGGACGAAUUUGAAGAAAAUCAGAACGAAUUUGGCGAUUACGGAUUAGAAAAAUUAUUUGAAGAUGAGUACGGAAGGGAAGAAAGAAUAGAAGAAAAUCCAAAAGCAAAAUUUUGGAGUGAAGCUGUUGGGCCUUUUUUGUAUACUUUUGAUAAUAAAAUGAGUGAAAGAAGUGGAGGAAAUGUAUGGAAUAAAGCUUUGGAAAAAAUUAAUUUGUUAAGAAGGCAAAAAUUGGGAAAUUCUUUUGGUCGAUUGGUGAGAGAAUUAAAUCAGAAUUUAAAUCAGAAAAAUCAGAAUCAGAAUUUAAAAAUCAGAAUUUAA